GCGCGCCGGCCCACUCACGCAACUUGCGAGUCGGCCGCCGCGCGCUCUGAUCGCUCGUGAGAGAGCUUUCGUCCUCGAUCGUACCAUGUGUGAUGUUUUCAUCACAGAGGGGAACUGUCAACUAUACUCCGCACAUGAUCUCUUUCGAUAUGAAUGAGUAACGCGCUGGAAUACGACAAUAAUCGCGGAAUUGACGCCGAAGGACAACUUUCGCCGAGUGUCAAGUUUUUCUCGUAAGCUCGUGGCCGUUGACACUGCAGCGUGCGGUGGAUCCCGCAGUGCGCGAGUGUGUGCUUAAUUGGCGAAUACAAUCGGCAGCAUCAGCUGAGUCGCGUAAACAUUGUAUUUUGUAGUUCAGUGGAGGACUUGAGAUGACACCAUAUACGUCUCCUGUUUAAGACCUUUGCAAAUCUUGACAAGGAUACAAACAUGCGGCGCCUUAUUCUACUACUGUUAACAGGGACGGUGCUAGCUGUUGAAGUUCAUUUUGAAAACAAAGACAGCGGAUUCUUCUUGAAGCACACAGCAAGAUGGAGUGGCGCUGGACCACCGCCCGAGCCUAUGGGAACCGCAUUACCUGGCGCAUUAUUAUCCCUUGACCGGUUUACAGUCCUGCAAGGUUCAUCACCAGCUUCAGUUCGAGCCACGUAUGGACCGUUUUCAACGAAACAAACUGUACCUGCCAGAUACGCUGUACCAGACCCCUUAGAGCCUCCCAGGCGGAAUGCAACAUUAUUAGAAUUACAAGAUGCAACAGCACAUAGACUCGAUGUGUCAGCACAUCUUGUAUUCCGAGAGUUGCCACGAGAUUCCCCAGUUCUAAGGGUAUUGUUUCAUACUGGUGGUGAAGGGGGCGCUCGACGAGCAGCAGCGCGCCCUAGACGGGUCUGCAUAACAUUACAUGCUAGUCUUGGAUCGAGGUCAUUGACGGCUACAUGUGGACCAGAGGGAGAGGAGGGUGCCUGUUUAGCAGAGUUAACUGUACCAGCGGCCUGGUGGCCUGCCGAUGGAAAGGGCAAACGACCACCUCGAACUGUUAGGUUAGCUUAUAGUGCUGCUGAAGCUAGUAGUAGUGACAAUGGAGAUGGGGCUUGUGGACGUGUUUCUGUACAGCCAGCUUGGCCGUUGGGUUUUGUUACGUUAGCUGGUGCUCGGGCAGGAUAUCGAGAAGCAAGAGCAGGAGAUGCAGCUCUUUUACUCCCCCGAGCAUCCUUGUAUCCACAUUCAAGAUUACAUUUGCCAUUCGUAGUUCGCCGAGACUCCAACCAUAAUAUUGGGCAUGUUAUUAUCAGAAUGAAGGUGAAAUCAGGACUCAGACUAGUGAGCGUAACUGCGGCGAACUCUCGAUGGGCCGUCACCGCUGAAGUGAAGCCUCGCGCCGCCACAGUAACCGCGACCCGACUCGAGCAGCCCUUGCGAGAUGACGAUGGACUCGACACUGAUAUGGAAGAGACCAGUGGCGCUGGAGGGCCUGGAUGGGAAGAGGUUCUCACCUGGUUGGUGGAAGUUGGGGCUGAAGGAGAAGGUGAUACUGAGGGUUCAGAGGGUGAAUCUGGUCGUGGCACCGCUCGUCUUAGCUGGUCUGCUAGAGUAUCGUCUGCUUCUACCUCAAUGUCCACCACUGAAGAUCCACCUCAUGAACACAGAGUUAAUACACGACUUGACAUUGAAAAGGAUGACAUUCAAGCAGUACUACCUAUUUCCAAGAAUUGGGAGGUAUUAAACACGGCAGUGUUGACCGGGCGGCAAGUGUCACAGGCUAUGAAAGUGCUGAUAGUGUCCCAAGCGGGUCAAGUAGCUGAUGUUACACUACAGAGCUCCUGCCACUCUGAAGACGAGAGCGUAUUGAAGGUAUCAUCAUCAUGCAGUUCAGUUUAUGUGGAUGGAUCCGAGAUACGAGGCUCGUCGAAUGCCUCGGUGAUUGUCAAAUACGGCACUUACACUGGCUUAGCUCGCUUCACUGUGUGGAUGCCGGAGAAUCCAUUAGAAAUUGACGUGGACGAUAAUCGAUUAUCGCAGAUCAAAGGUUGGAAAGUAUCAGACGAGUCGAACUCAAAGGAUAGGCUGAAGCGAUCACUGACCGCGCGCGGUUGGGGCGGCGCUAGACCUGACGGGACCAACUCUUUGACGGAUCAGCGUACCUGCCGGCUUCGGUAUCAGCAGAGUAAUGUCGAGGUUUAUGCAAGAUUCCUUGCCAAAGAUCACGAUUCUGGCCGCGUGUCAUACUUCGUGUCUCGGCGUACUUGGCUCAAGGUGACCGAACUGGUGUUGUCACUGAUGCGUGUAUCAGACCCACGCAUCGCGUCACUCCGGGGCCGCGUCUUGCAAGGAAGAAGCACUGGUCGGACCGAAGUCCAAGUGUUGUCCCCAAUCACUGGUCGUGUAAUAGGUGUCCGUGAAGUGCGAGUAGUGAAUGAUAAGGUGUCAAUCUCGCGGUUGCUAGUGCGAGUUAUCUCUGGUCUUCAGCUUAACAUAUCUCCUGAUUCAGCCAUAGAAAAUGGAUAUGUAUCAGAAACCACAGUUACAAGACGCCUUACCGCACAAUAUCAGGAAGGCCUACUCGACAUCGACAUGGAGUUCUCAGAUGGUAGUCGCACAGCAUUGCGAGACGUCGCAGUAUCUGACUAUUAUCUGCUAGUGGAGAGUCUAGACCCUGAAGUGGUGGCAUUUGCACCCAUGCUGGCCUCGAGGCACCCAAGAGUUAUAGCUGUUGGUGAAGGUAGCGGUGAACUCCUACGAGUUACUCUUCUAACACCCGAACAAUGUCGCUCGGGACCACUCCGAAGAGUCGCUCUCCCGGGGAAAGGAGAUGCCAAGACCCCAGCCAAUAUUAAAAAUAUACCUGGAGCUUUGGCAAGCGCAGCUGCGAGUGUAGAUGUGGAUUUUAGUGGCGGGGAUGUUCCGCAGAGACCUGAUACUCCGCAGAAUGAUGACAUUAUGGCGCGAGGUGGCGUUAGAACUGGAAUGGCCGAUCUUAGCGACGUUCUUAAAGGAUUCUCACCCUUCAAAGAUGAGAACAACCACGAGCCGACAGUGCAGGCGCAGCAGUACGGUUCCAUCUUCCGAAGCAACUCCGCCGUGCAUCCCCGGCACCCGCCUCCGCAUAUGACGCCCGUUGAAAUUGGAAUGUACGUUUUACUCGGUGCAUUCUGCUUCGCAAUUGUGGUGUUCGUAGUGUCAUGCGUAGUGUACGCAUCACGGCUCAAGCCAGCUGGCAAUGAAGGGGGCGCUACCGUCGGACGUAGUAUGCCGGCAUUGGUUGAAGGUGGGAGAUUACAAGUAGCCGGCCUUGUUGGUACCACUCUUGGCUUGGCGAGAGAGAAACCGUCUAGGGAGUCAACGACUAACGCCCAUGAUUGGGUGUGGCUAGGACGAGCAACAAUCGAACGCAACGGCAACCGUCACCCCGCGAACCGCAACUCCACACAACCCGCAGAGAAUAACGGAAAUGGCAACCAUGAAAUGCGUAUCACUGCCAACCCUCUCAACUACAAUUACGUGGAUCCUGAUGACGCGAUCAAAGAUAAUGGAAACGUAAUGGUUACCAGUUUCGAUAAUCCAAACUCGAUAGAAUUACCAUCGCAGAACGAUAAAAGGGAGAAGGUUAUCGAUUCAACCACGUAUUGCAAGAAACCAGCUCGACACACUCGUCAGGCGUCCGGAGAUGGUCAUUGGCAGGUGGAUGCUUCCAAUCAAGAUGACUACCGACCUCCGGUGCCUCCGCACAGAAACUCAUCGACGCCCCAACCGCAGCUGCCCGUCCCGCCACGAAACCCGAGCAAAAUUUUACCCGAAGCCGUCAUGCCACCAACUAGACGGAGUCACUCCAGGAACCAUCAUAAAAGGCACGAUCGCGACCACGAGUCUUCGAAAAGGUCUCCCGAACAUGGCCGCCGCUCAGACCGAAUUAUUGAUUUGAACAAAGUUGAUGCCCCGUACCUGUCAAACCGAGAUAUGAAAGACUACAAGCGAGAACAGAACCCCAUGCAUCACAACGACAUUGGCGACAACCCCGUGGAAAAGCUGACUAAUAAGGAAGACUGCGCUAGACUGUUCGAAUUCGACAACGACGCUCCGCUCGUAAUGGAGAACAAGGACUACAGAGAGAUAGUGGGUCUCAACAGAGGUACCGAUGACUCGAGACGCACGUUCGUUAAACCGCAGAGUCCCGACUACAUGCACGAUUCAGGAAUAGGACUACCUGAGUUGCAGAUGAGGCAUAAAACCAGAUCGAAAGAGCCGAAAGGAAACUUCGUAGAAGCUCAGACUAAAGGGAGCAGUUCCCCAGAGGUAAAACGCGCCACAAUCGUGGGCAACCCGAUGUACUCCCGGGGCGGGGAGACACGGGAGGACGGUGAACCGCGUGCUGACGGCACCGAGGCGCUUGGCCUCGACGACCUACACAUGGACUACAAUCAGAUCAUGCACUAUUUCCACAACCUCAAGGAAUCAAACGCCUGAGUAGAGCAGAUCAUUGCAAAGAUCCGGCAGAUAUUGUCUACGUUUAAAUAUCAGCAUAUCAUCAAAGCUCCUCCAAUCGACGUAUACAAUGUACCCACUGAUACGUCCCGGCCAACCGAGCUCGAGGGCAACACCAUUGACACGCACAACAACAAUAACACGUAUUCGACAAACGAUGCGCCUAUUUAUGAGAACAUCAACAACGGUAAUGUCGUUGCACCCACACAAAUGCUUUGCGACUCGAUCGCUCAUAAAAAUAAUUUUAUGAAAACACAACUGAAAUUCUUGUUGGAGCAUUUGAGCGAAGCUUACGAAUAAACUUGUUGUUGACCGUCAAGGUAUUGCCCUCUACAAUAUGUGUCUAAAUGUGGAUCCUUGCAGUGAUCAGAAACGAAAACAUACACAAUGUAACUGUUAACUGUUUUAUACAUAUAUUAUCAUAUAACGUAUUUACUCUAGUCAUCUACAAAGCUGCACAUAUUUAAGUACCUAAUAGUAAUAAUUGUGUGCAUGUAGUUAAUACUCAUUACGUCAAUGGUUAUAAUAGAUUUAUAUAAAGACACUGUUGUUUUAUCUGUAUAUUAAUUGAUAUAUUUAUUCUUUAAAUUACGGGCUAACCUUUUCUCUUAAACCCAACAUAUUCUUGCGGACCUACACCAAAUAAGUAUAUACAUUGACGCUGCCACAAUAUCCCAAUACCAAAUACAAAUUAAUAUUGCAUUUGUUCUAGAUUUGUAAAUAUUUUUCCAUUAGAAGGUAAAAAUGCUACCUCACUUUUGUCUAACUUAUAGCUUAGCUUAUAUCUGUACGUAUCAUUCUGCAAACAAUUUAAGCAAACAGUAACAUAUGUUAUAACAAAAUAUUCCACUUAGAAGGCAAAUAUUGUUUAUCCUAUCUCUUCAGAAUGGUAAUAUAUAAAUAAUAAAUAGGUAUUAAGACUGCAAAUUGCCAGUGUUUAGGGAAUUAAUCAUAUUUUAGUAAGAUUAGAUUGUAAGGCACAGAACUAGUCAAAUAUAUUAUAAUCUGAGCUAAUUGUUUGCUCAAUUCUGUUAUUUAUACUGUUUUUAUUAUCUCAACCAAUGCAUUCUUGAUGGAUCAUGUUCCUCUGUUAUGUACCACCGCAUUAAUUUACGUUUGUAAUUUAAUAUUUAAUAAAGACAUUUAAUUGCAAAGAUUAUAUUUCAAUUAUGUAUCGUUUAAUAUUGUAAUAAUAUAAUUGUGCAUUUUGUUACAAGUGUAUUACAGGAACUAUAAUCUCAGAUGUUACCUAUUUAUAAGAGGUUAAUAAUUAUAUAUAUAAAAAAAAAACUUUAUAAUGCCAGAAUAUGAAAAUCAACAUUAGAUAUAUUGUAUGUUCGUCUAUUAUACUGCAUACCUGAUUAAUGAUUAAAUAAAUAUUGACCUCAUAUAAAUAGUCGGUUAUCAAAUCGCGUAUUGUAUCUUGAACAUAGCAAUGGUUUUUAACUUGUGAUAAAAUGACUGCUAGGGAACGAUUUAAUGUGCAGUCGAUUUUAUAAAUAAAAAACCCAUAUCAUAUAUGAAUCUAGCGCUUGUAUGAUAUUGUAAACACUGUAUUAAUUUAUUGAAGAUGUACAUUGCAUUUACUCGUAAGUUAGUUACUUAGGCUUUGUAAAUAUUGUUAUGACGUUAUAUAAUUUAUAGGUACGGAGAUGACAAUGCAGAAAUAGAUAAUAAAUGUGUUAGAGUCGCUUAACAUAAUAUGGACCGAGUAGAAUUGCACACAGUAUGGUGGAAUGUCUGUUACAGUGGUACACUAAAUAGUAAAUGUUUUGAUCUUGUAAUUGUGUAUUAAUGUGAUCUUAAAUAGAACAAAACAAUGUCAGAAAACUAUAUAGUAAUAUUUAGCGACAGUUGGGGAGUACAAAAGACGUUUUGCGACGUUUUCUGUACUGAUCAACUAGUAUUAGCAAAACUAAAACAUGAUAAUCUAUAAAACACUGAUAGCGUGUUAUUUGGCUUUUGUCGUUAGGUUAGGGAAAUCACAAGAUACUAAGUACUCUACGCUGUAGUAUUUGUUACUGUAACAUUUGUUUUUUGUUGAGUUUUUGCCAUAGUAUUUAAGAAAGGAGUUUAUAAUUAUUGCUACAAGGUUUAUAUACAUGUAUGCAAACUGAGGCUUGUCACGAAAAUCCUUUCAUAAAAUAUCAAAUUUAAUAAACCAUUAUUAAUUAA